AUGGCAGAUGGUGGCGGCAUUGGCGGAAGCGAUGAAGGCUUUAUCUCCUUUGCAUUCGCCAUUGUCUCGGUGGUGAUGAUCAUUCUAUACAUUCCGUGGCUAGUUCGUCACGUCCAGGCCACCGUUGUGUAUUACACUUCCCCGAAGAAAAAGCGAUCUGGGAUGACAAGUCCCAUGGAAGGAAUGUGGGAUACGCUGACGUACCUCCCGUGGGUGGUUUCCCUGCUGGCGGCGAACCCGGACAUGCUGGUGACGGGCGCACGCGUCUGCUGGGAAGAGAAGAUCUUCUUUCUGCGCUGUGUGAUGCCAAAGUUUCUCAAGUUCAUCAUCCGACCCAAAAUUCUGGUGCUCUGGCUCUGGGUGGUUCUCUUCUCCUCGGCGAUGUACGUGACGCUUACAUUUGAUGCCCACGCGAUUCUUGGAGUGGCCUCUAGCGCCACGACAGGUGAGAUCAAGAAGGCGUAUCGCGCCCUUUCCAAACGAUACCACCCAGAUCAUAACAAAACGGAGGAGGCACGAGACAUCUACAUUCAGGUGCGUCGCGCGUAUAAGGCUCUCGUGGACCGUGAGGCAUUUGAAGAGGAGGAAGCUAAAAAUGUCCACGAGUUUUCUGUGGGUAUUGCUCUUCCACGCUUCCUCACCUCACGUGAACAUGAUGGAAUGGUGCUGUUUGGUCUCCUCUGCAUUCUCGUUGGUGCACCAAUUAUUGUUUGGUACAACCUCAGGGGAACACAAAAGAUCCCCCACUUGCUGUGGCGCGUGUACUUUGACAAGGAACGAGUCGAGCAUUUUCUGAGGCAUCUUGGGAUACCAGAGGAUCCAAAGUACAUUGAGCGACGUGACUCACGGCGGUGCACCUUUCAGCUGUUUACCACACUGGGACUUCUGCCACCGAAUGCCCGUGAAAGUGUUGUGGCGAGCCUCCCGCCCUUUCCUGACUUCAUCACACGUUGCGUGGAGGUGGAUAAGAAUAUGACGUACCUGCAGAACUUUUUGGAUCCCGCCACCAUUCAGCUUCUUCAUGAGUACAUGGUUAGCAACGGCGUUCGCCUGCUUGAUGAGUUUUAUGCUGCUCAUGCAGAGUUGAAUCAAAGUGAUAUUUCAGAGUUUAAACCGCUUCCACUUGCCAAAUAUAAGGCCAUCCGUUAUCUUUUUAUGCAACACAUAGUGCAGGUGGAUGAGGCACUUGGAGAAUUGCAGGAGAGCAUGGGUGGAAAUCUUCCUAGUGCACGAAAGCUGUCGAACCUUCAUGUAGAGUUGUUUGACCUUCUUCGUUUGGUCUUUGAGUGCGAAGGAAAGCCACUGAGGCAGCAUGUUCAAAAACUCAUUGGAAUGCCUCAACGAGUCUGCGAUAUUGUGGAGUCCCUCGAGCCGGAGAUUGAGACAAUUUACAAGCGCGUGUAUAAAAACUCUCUGCAGCAGCAGCUUGGGAACAAGCAUGAGCGCCGUGUUUUUAAGGCUAGCAUGCGCAGAGCCUAG